UUCUGAACUUGCAACUUGAAUCUAAAAAAAGAAACAAAAGACUUUUAUAUCCUUUUUAUAGUCUUUUACAUAAUACCUACUUGACUACCCUCUAUGUGCCUAGGUAUACUACUAUAACCUAAGUAACAUGGAGGUUUCCAACAACAAGUUCGAAAUCCGCCCUUACGUCGCCGUGUUCCUGAUAACAGAGCGGUGUUUGUUUCGACGCUGCUGCAAUGUCCACUCGAAGCCAAGAUGUUCAUAGGUUGGUUCAGAUUAGAUAGCACUAAAAAUGACGCGUCAUGCAACAAGGUCAGGUACACGAAUGGGGCCACCACACUGAUGGUCACAAUGAAGCGGUGUCGUUGAUUUAAAAAAAAAUUGGGUUUUUAUCUUCAAUCUUGGGGUGCUAUUCAAUGUGUUACUGUUACUUAAUGGUAGACGGUCGUUAUAUACAGCUAGUUUAUGAAGAUGACGCCAAUCAUCAUGAAGUUGUCAGCGCUGAUGCUGCUGCUUGUUACCGGAGGAGCCGCCUCUCCCACCAGCAGCAGCAGCUUUGGACCCGAUCCCGAGAGCGCUCGCAAGAAUGGUCCUCAGAUAUUCAACGCCGUGCACAACGCGAUGCGCGAGUUCGGGUCAGCGUUGCACCACAACGGGAUGUCGCUAUUUCCCGGAACCAUCUCCGAGGGAGUCCUGUUGUACCACGGAUCCCCCACCACGGAAGUGCCCGAGACGUUUGAAUGGCUUGCGUUCGAGAUAGACCACGCAGAGACGUUUGCUCGCGGCCCAUUCGGGCUCCCUAAGACCACUCGUCUAGAACACUAUACCGAACCCCCCCCGCCCAAGGGGGGUCGGCCGCCUAAGCCUCCCCCCUUCGAGCGGAGGCCAGGGCCAGGUUACCUGCACGUCUAUCAGGCGACGCGGCCGCUAAACAUACUAUACAUUGACGGGACGGCCGCCGGAAAGACGGACAUGGGCACGCUCGACACCCAGGACAUCCUACUGGCCGGCAACCGAAGCACGGUUCCGUUCGCCGAGUGGGACAGGGCUCGAGAUCUGUGCUCCCUGGCCGCGGAGUGGAACAUCGACGGCCUGGUGCGCAUGGAGCCCGGCUUCGAGGUGAUACACUGCGAUUUCACAGAUGGCCUACGACUGCUGUACGUCAACCAAGAGCCGGCGAUGGAUGCGCCGGGCGCCCCCGACAACGGCUGGAUCAAUGUCUUCGAGUGGAUGAGGGCCGCCGCGUCGCGGUACUACGGCAUCGGCUCGUCGCGCGUCGUGCUCGACUACUCCGCCAUGGUCUCCGCCUUCUUCUACCCGCUGAACCUGACGAACCCGAACCCGAAACGGCCGGAGUUGCCCAGAUUGCUAGGAACGAGCGAUGCUGAGAUGCAUGCUGUGAAAAAGCACGUUUCUGCUGCCGUGGCCCGAUCCCUGUCGCAAAAGCAGACGCCCGUAGACUGGCAAGGUGUCACAGACAUGAUCGUCACGCGGUAUGCGCGCCGUUUACUCUUCAUCGCGGAGACGGAUUCGCUGGACAUCGUGAGAAGCGAAGUCAACAACCUGUUAACCGUCCACAUUGAUUUCUCUGGUAACAAAACCGACGAGGGGUUUACAUUCGCACGGCAGCGCUGCACAGACUUCUAUCUACAGCCAGUGCAGGUGCGCACGCCGGAAGACGAGCUGAUCUACGCCGCCAUCGAGAACACGACCGCCACAAUUUGCAAAGCGCUAUUCGACACGCGUCAGCUUCUCGUCGAGGGCCACGUAGCAGACGAGGCGACUGCUCUCAGCGCUACGAAGCAGCUCUUCGGCUCGCUGAUGGAAACCCUGCGGUGGGCCGAGUGGAAAGACUGCGGGCCGUGCCGAUCGGACGAGGUGUGCUUCAUCGCGAUGUGGCCGUUCGGCAACGUCGAGGACCACGACAACCCGAGCUGCUUGAAUUACUCCAUUGUUCGCGACCGCAACAACUAUUGGAACAUCCCGGGCCAGUGGCCGGGGCCGAUGCCGAAUUGCACGAUGGAACACUCGUGUGAAAAACGUGAAGACCUGCUGCGGAAUGAAGAGCUGUGAAGAAGUAGGAGCUUGUGGAAUGCGCAUAUAAACGAUGGUGACCAUUGCUUUCGAUAUCCCUAUAGAGCUCUUUUUUUUGUUAUAUACCUAUAUAGGCAUACUACGUGCGCGCUGGCGAAUCUCUGGUCUUACUUGAUGAGAUACAUACACGACCUUAGAAUAUGAAUUGUUUUAUACCUUCAGCUUGCUAAUUUGAUGUU